CACUGUUAAUGAACACUUGACUCAGUGUAAAGAUCAGUAUGACUAACGGAAAGAGAAACUCCUAAAAGAAUUGAGUGCGGCUGAGAAGACGGACGGCUAAGAUAAGAUCGUUCAAUAGUAUAUAGUAGUUAAGUAUUCGAGCUUGAUUAAUCUUUUUCGUGCUUUUUGGGGUUUUAUUUCUUGUGUUUGCGUUGCUCGGAAAAGGCUUUCCUUACAGUUACCUGAAUUUAUGAUGGGAGGAAGUUCUAUUGAUGAUGAUUGGGAUUUAACUUCCUCGUCUAAUGAGGUUCGGACUGUGGUCUUAGUUGGACGUACUGGCAAUGGUAAGAGUGCUACAGGCAAUACUAUUCUUGGAAGGAAGGUCUUCAAGUCAAAGGCUAGCUCCCAUGCUGUAACCACUUCAUGUGAAAUGCAGACAACAGAACUAUAUGAGGGACAAAUUAUUAAUGUUAUUGACACCCCAGGAUUAUUUGAUUUUUCUGCUGGAUCUGAGUUUGUUGGAAAGGAAAUUGUCAAAUGCAUUGAUUUGGCCAAGGAUGGGAUCCAUGCUGUCCUUGUUGUGUUGUCUGUUAGAACACGCUUUACUGAGGAGGAAGAAAGUGCUCUACGGAGUUUGCAGAAAUUAUUUGGAAGCAAAAUUGUUGAUUACAUGAUUGUGGUCUUCACUGGAGGAGACGAAUUGGAGGACAAUGACGAGACACUUGAGGAUUAUUUAGGCCGUGGAUGUCCAAAGCCUUUAAAGGAAAUUCUUUUUCUGUGUGAGAAUCGUUAUGUACUUUUUGAUAACAAGACUAAGGAUGAAAGGAAGCGUGUUGGACAAGUUCAAGAACUUCUCUCUUUUGUAAACAUGGUUCUAUCACGGAAUGUUGGACGACCUUAUACAGAUGAGUUAUUUACAGAACUGAAGAAGGGAGCAAUGGAGCUGCAUAACCGACAAAGAGAGGUUGAUUCUUUAAAAUUAAAAGGACAUUCAGAAGGAGAAUUAAUGGAGUUUAAAAAGCAAAUGCAGCAAACAUAUGAUGACCAAUUGAAGCGAAUUACUGAGAUGGUUGAAUCAAAGUUGAGGGAGGCAACUACGAGGCUUGAGCAACAAUUGGCAGAAGAGCAAGCUGCAAGACUUAAGGCCGAGGAGAAUGCAAUGUUAGCUCAAAUGAGAUCAGAUGAUGAAAUACGAAAACUCAGAGAACAUCUUGAGAAGGCGCAUGAAGAACUUCGCAAGCGUGGUGAGGUUCGUUGUGCCAUUCUUUGAGAGUAGCUACUUCAAACUUUAGAAGUUUAUUUAUGUUAAUUUUCUCUUGGAUCGUGACAUCAACCAGCUGUGCCACUCUUUGGCAGUAGCUACUUCAAACUUUAAAAGUUUAUUUAUGUUAUUUUUCUCCUGGAUCGUGAGUUCUUGACAUCAACUAGCUGUUGCCUACGCCGGGUUAAUACCUUUAUAAGUGACAUGACUAUUAUGCAAUUAUUAUUAUUCUAUGUUCACGUCAUGCAUUAUGAGAUUGGAGAUCAUUUUUAA